AUUCCUCUCGCGGGAGUGUUCGGGGGAACCAUCGCGAGGUUUCCCCACUGCUAGGUGGUGUUUUGGUGGCAGCGGUGAAGGUGGAGACUCCUGAACUUCCUCCAGCGGGAGAGACGUCGCUCUCUGCCCGGGACGGAUGGACAUACGACGGCGCGCGGAUCAACACAGACUUGGCGGGCAGGAAACGGGCGGAGGACGUCGACAAAGAAGCGAGAUAACGAGGAGCUUCCUGACCUGUGAUAUCUGGGAGUCUCUGGAUGGAGGUGCUGGUGGAGUACGAGUACGAGGCGCUCCACGAGGACGAGCUGACGCUCCGCCCCGGUGAUGUCAUCGUGGGCGUGCGGCGGGUGGAGGAGGAGGGGGGCUGGAUGGAGGGGGAGCUGGACGGUCGCCGGGGGCUGUUCCCCGACAACUUCGUCAAGGAGCUGAAGAAGGAGGAGAAGGUGGAGGCCAAGGUGGAGGCCAAGGUGGAGGCCAAGGUGGAGGCCAAGGCGGAGCUGUGCCAGGCGCGGCGGCGGGAGAAGCAGCCAGGGACGGUGGCCAACAUGGUCCAGAGGAUGAGCCACAUCCCCAUGGGGGGGUUCCAGCCCCACAGCCAGGCCUCCAAGAAGAAGCCCCGGCCGCGACAGUGCAGGGUCCUGUACGACUACGCCCCCCAGAACCAGGACGAGCUGGAGCUGGCGGUGGGGGAGCUGGUGGACAUCAACGAGGAGGUGGAGGAGGGUUGGUGGAGUGGCUAUGUGAACGGCAGGUCCGGUCUGUUUCCCUCCAACUUUGUCAAAGAGCUCGAGGACGAGGAGAUUGGCGAAAUUGCUACGGCAACGGACGAGAUAGAUGGUAAGGAGGUGCUGGACCCCUCCUCCCCUGGCCCAGGUAACGGGGUCGUUGUUCCCCCUAAGAAGGUCCUCGGCUUCGGCUUCGGAGACAUCUUCAGGGAGGGGUCUGUGAAGCUCCGGACCCGCCCCCCCAGCCCGGACAAGGAGGAGCGCCGCGACAAGCCAAUCCCAUCCUUACCAUCCGUUGGCAAGCCAGGCUCCGCCCCCGCCGCCCCGCCCCCACCCGCAGACAGCGGAGCUCAAGAAUACUGCAAGGUAACCUACGCGUUUGACUCGACCAAUGAGGACGAGCUAAAUCUGAAGGAGGAUGACAUCAUCCACAUCCUGAGCAAGGACACCGGUGAGCCCGGCUGGUGGCGAGGAGAGAUAAACGGGAAAUCGGGCGUGUUCCCGGACAACUUCGUAGCCAUGGUUACCGACGCCGACAAGGAGGACCCCGCCGGGAGGCCGUCGAUGACACCCCCAUCAUCAUCGUCAUCAUCGUCAUCCAAGCAGGAGCCAGAGGAGAAGCCGAAGAAGCCGCCACCCCCGUCUAAACACACUGCGCUCCGACCCGACAUUCCCAACACCGACCGGAAACCGCAGUUUGCCCGGUCAGAAGACAGAGUGGACCUCAAGCCCUCCAAGCCCGCCGCCCCCCUGGUCUCCAAGAAGCCCCUCCCCCUUCCGCUGAAGCACCGUCUGAGUGGGGCGCCCCCCAAGAGACCGGACAAACCCCUGACCUCCAUGACCUCCAGCCCCGCGCUGACCCCCAGCACCGCCGUGACCCCUGGAACCCCUCCCCCCACCGUCACCAAACACAAUGGAGAGGUGGGUUCCCUGAGGCCCAAGUCGGACCUGGAGCCUCUGGUCUUCCCCAAGCCCAGGACCACCUCUGGAGACUGGGCUGAGAAGAGUCCCGAGAGCGACCUGAUGAGUUUUGAUGCUCUCUCGGCCUCUUCAGAGAAGCUCUCUCACCCCACAGCCAACAGGCCCAAGAUGAUCGGUCGCAGGCUCCCAGGGCACGCUGGAGGACAGGCCAAUAAGGAGGAGGAGCAGGAGGAGACCAAGCCGAAACUAUCAGACACCAAGAAGCCUUCUAUGAGCUCCAUCGCCGGCCCCCCAGCAGGGUUCCUGAAGCCCAGCCCGGCCACUACAGAGUCCAGGGGGGAGGGGGCGUCCGCUCCCUGGGCCGAUGCCCCCUCCCUGGCCUCCCCCAGGCGUGAGGCCCCCCCCAGGGGCCGGCUGGAGGCUGAGGACCUGGGCUCCCAGAUGGAGGAAAUGAGGAACCAGAUGAGGGACCUGCUGAUGUCCGUGGACCUCAUCAAGAACCAGCAGACGAAGGAGAUGGCGUUGCUCCGAGCUGAGCUGGACGAGGAGAGGUUGAAGAGGCUGACACUGCAGAUGGAAAUAGAGAAGCUAAAGCGGGCGGUCCAGUUGACGUGAAGUCAGCCUCUAAUCAGCAUCCAGCUUCCAGGUCACCUGCUAGCCUUUUAACCAAUCAAGGAGGAGGAGGGCGGUGACCAACCCGCGGGAGGCCCUCUGUGAUUGGUGUUUCUAUAUAAAUAUGAAUUAUUCUCCCACAUCUGUAACAAUUACCUUUUGCACAUAUAGUUGUUUUUUCUAACUAGAGCUUCAAGAUGUAUUUCCUCUUUCUGCCAUUCCUAAAAGAGAUGCUCGGCCCGUAACCAUGGGAACGCUCCGGGUGUGAGGCAGGGGGCGGAGUCUCCAUACUACUGACAGAUUAGCUCGUUUGUUUUGGGGGCGCAUUUUUAUAAAAAAUUAAAUGAGAUGUCGUUAGCCUCUAAGAUAAUCACACGACACGACUCCAGCGGGGGGGGGGGGGCCUCGCCGGCCUAGCGCCUCUACUGCUGCUAGCCUGUCUGAUGCAAUGAGCAUGGCUAGCUUGGCUAGCAUGGUUAGCCUGUCUGACACACUUAGCUUGGCUAAUACGGCCAGCUUGGCUAACACGGCUAGCUUGGCUAAUACGGCCAGCUUGGCUAACACGGCUAGCUUGGUUAACACGGCUAGCUUGGCUAACACGGCCUGCUUGGCUAACACUUCUGGCCUGGCUAAAACUGCUAGCUUGGCUAACACUACUAGCCCAGUUGCGACGCUACGGUGGGCAACAAUACGAUUGGGUGUCUUGUUUUUUGUAUUGUCUGUGUUUUCUACCAACACUACUGUGCCUGUUGUAAAGAAUCCACAUCACGUGUAUUGGGAGUUUAGAUUCAAGUAUCUUCAUGUCUUCUGGAAGUCCUAUAUAAAGCUAUAUAAAUGUAUAUCUAUAUUUUUAAAGAGUCUUCUGACAUUCCUACUCCAAGUUUGGACCAUCUUCUUCUUUGUUUUUAUUGAGUUGUUUUGGGGGGUGCGCCAAUUUGAACCAUUCCUCCGAGACCCAGCUGAGACUAGGUGACCGAGACAUCACUCAGUCGCCUCUAAAGCAGGGCUAGUCCUUCAUCCCCUCAUCUCCUCCUCCUCCUCAUCACUCCUUCCUCAGUGGGUUCCCUCUCAUGUAUACCCCCCCCCCUCCCCCUCCAUCUCCAGUCCCCGCUGUCUGAAUAAACGGUGCGUUGUGGUGCUCUGUGAAGCAUCAGAUGAGAUGUCUCCCCCUCCUCCUCCUCCUCCUCCUCAUAUCCACCUGUUUGAGUGGACGCCUUCAGCUCCCUUCUGUCUCAUCUUCCUCUGCACACCGUUGAACUCAGACCCUCCCAUCGGCGGCUGCAUUAUCCUCAUUCCUGUUAUUGCAUGAGCAGAUGGUUUCAACAAUAAAUGACAUCUUUAUUUAA